UUGUCCCUCUAAACAUGGCGGAGUCCGAACCAGCGGCAGAGGCGAGCAGCAGCAGCAUCCCGGAUUAUGAAUAUGUGAACGUGAACACCACAGCCUUCCACAUCGGCUCCUUCAGGGAGGAGUGGCUGAAAAGGCUGAAACCUGAGCAAAUCUCCUUCCAGCAGAAAGAUCAGGACACGUUUGAAGCUAACUUUGCUGCUGAGAUGGGUUUAGAAGAGGAAACGAUGGCUGAACUCCGAUCCGUCUGCAGCGUGGACUCGCUUCGUUGCUACUCUGAAGAUCAGCAGCCCGACCCAGAAGUCUUACCUUCAGAACCGACCCUGAAAACUCUCAUAUACAGAAAAAAGAAGCAAAGACGCUCAUCAUCUUAUAGAGGAGGCCAAAACAGACAUGAGCUCUACGCCGGUGAACUGGACCGUCAAACUAUUGGAAGGGCACCAGAGUCAGAGGCUGACAUGGUCCCCGAGGGGGAGCUCAUCCUUUCCAUUAACAUCUACUUCCCUGUGAACUUUGAUAAAUUUAACUACAUGCGACCUCAUGUGACGCUGCUGAUGAGAGGCUCCCAAACCCUGGCCGAGCUCCGAGACGCCAUCUUCUGCGUCAGCGACCUGCAGGUGUGCGGCGAGUUUAGCAACACGCCAGACUUGGCUCCGGACUUCAUCUGCAAGGACCUUUUCAGAUCAGCCUUCUUUUUCUUCGAGGGAGUUUUCUACGACGACAUGCGGCAUCCUGACUGCCAGGACAUCAGCAG